UGCGGCAACAUGAAGACCGGAACCAACGUUUAUGUUCUCCUCGACUCUGAGUUUCUAACGAUAAGGAAAGUCCCUAAUUCGCAAGCACCGACACAAAAUGGUCAACGGAAAGAAUGCCGAGAAACUUGAGCUCUGUCAGGCUGAACCUCAGAGAAGUAGUGGGAGGACAGUUUGUCUGAUAUCAGCAAAUAGUACUCGAUCAUGAAGCAGAAGUGAAAGCUUGUGUCGGGCGUAAUGUCAACUGUACUGCACUGGCGACUUGCUCAUGCUACAGGAAUUUCUUGCAACCUGCUGCUCCUUUUACCGAUGCUGUACCUUCUCUGCGCGCUCUGAACGAUUUUCGGUUCGAAUCUCGGUACCUUCACUUUGCAUGAUGACCACAUUGUGCGUGUUUCAGCAGUUCUCGAGGAAGCGAAUGGCAAUGCAAACAGGAUAAAACAAAAGCGGGAUCUGACAUGUCAGCUUUGAGCUCGAUUCUGUAAUUUGCUGCUCCUCGUAGCCGGUGCAGCUUGUACCGUAGGGUUAACAGUUCUGGGAUUGUUUUCUGAAUGACCGAAGCUAUGGAUUCCGCGGAGCAGCAAGGAGAUGAGAGUAUUGUGUGGGAGAAUCCGGACACUCCAGCAAACGUCGACGAUUAUGUAUUUGUGAAAGGCAAGCGCAUGGUGCGACCUUAUUUUUUUGAAUUCAUAUGCCACGUGAAGAAAAGAUGGGCAGGAAAGACAAUUGUGGAUCUCUUUUCAGGAGAAUUCAGGCAACGACCACGGGAAUAUUAUAUUCAAGCAGUACAGCGCGGCCGUCUUAGAGUUGGCGGGAUGAGAGUAACACCCUUAUAUGUUGUUCGUGAUUCUGAUAAAAUCAGCCACUUCGUACACAGACACGAGCCACCUGUCCUGGCGGAGCCCGUCACAGUAUUGGAAAAAACGGCGGAUGUUAUCACUGUAAUUAAGCCAGCAUCUGUUCCAGUACAUCCAUGUGGUCAAUACCGAAAGAACACUGUUGUUGGUAUUUUGGAGGCAGAACAUAAAACUGGGCAACUGUUCCCUAUACAUAGGUUGGAUCGACUGGUAUCAGGUCUUCUUAUAUUAGCGAGGAAUGCCAAGACGGCAGAUGAAUUUCGACAGGAGAUUGAAGGAGGAAGAGUCCACAAGCAGUAUGUGGCUAAAGUGAAGGGAGUCUUUCCUGCACACGAGGUGGCGCUCCAUGCAGCUGUGACAUAUGAUGCGAGGGAAGGCAUUAGUACUUGUAGAGUUGAGACAACAACUGAGAAAGAUAAUAAAGGCAAGGAGGCGUGCACAAAGUUUCAAAGGCUGAGUACUGAUGGUUUGCACAGCAUUGUUCGCUGCGAACCUGUCACUGGUCGCACUCAUCAGAUCCGAGUUCAUCUACAACAUCUUGGCCACCCCAUUGCAAAUGAUUAUCUUUACCUGCAAGUUCAUCCUCCAAAGCGAACUUUGGAAGAGACCACGGCUGACACAGCUGCCAGAAAAGCCAGAUCUGUCUCAAAUGACCUUUCGAAAGACAACGAUUCCGGAGUAAAUAUAACUGCUUGCAGAAAGAUUCAUAUUACAGAAGAUACUCAUACUCCACUUUACUCAGAAGCGUCAUCAGGUCAUGCCAGGAAGAAGACUGAUCGCCAACUUGAAAAUCAAGGUGUUGGAGGGGGAACGCAGUCGGUCGUGUCCUGUCUAACAGAUCUGGUUUCAGAUUGUCAUUCUGUCGAGCAUACGAGUACUCCUGAUGACCUUGCAGAAUCCAAUUGUGAAGAAGGCAAGAUUAAGACCACUGAAAUUCAUCCUGAGGCUGUAAUGGAGAGUGAUCCUCCUAAGAGCAGUUCACAGCCUUUUGUGCUGGAUCAUUUGUGCACACAUUGUCCCAGUUUGGGACCCUCUGGGUACAAACAAGAUGAUGAAGGAUUGUGGUUGCAUUGUGUUCGUUAUGCCAGCGCUUCUUGGAGUUAUGAAUGUCCUCUUCCAAGUUGGGCUCUGUAGAAUUUCUUGUUAGGCAACGGUUGUACGCCACAGGCUGCUAUCAAACCGAUCAUUUGACUUAUUUGGGUGCUUAGAAGAGUUCAUGAGGAGCACAUCUUUCGCUAGGGGGUCAAAGCGACGAUUAGCGAGCAGUUAUAGCGAGCCUGUUGAUAUACUCUCGAAAAAUGUUUCCCAAAUUCGUAUAAAAUUUUUCUUAUUGCUCGUCC